AUGGCUGGCCAAUCGAAUCACGAAAGCUAUACAUACAAUAUUCAAUCCGAUCAGUUGCAUAGUAUGGACUCUAACUGUACAAACGACCUUCCAUCAAAUCAAACAAUCAUGGAUCAACCGAUUAUUAUGGACUACAACGGCAUCCAUUCCUAUCAUACGUCUCCCCAACCUCCCGGUCAAGAUUCUUUUCCUUCCGAUAUCGGCCUUUUCGAUAAUAACGGCGUUUACAUUGGUGGUGUGAACGAAUCGUUGAAUACCGAAAAUUACGGAUAUGUCGGAAACAAUGAAAAUGUGGUCAACUGUUCAACUAUGAACUAUAAUCCACCUUCUGUUCAUUAUCAAACAUUAGUUCAAACACCACCCACCACUACUCCUUUCAACAACGCUGGCACGUUGGCAAACGCUGCGAGUCAUGGAUGCACAGUAAUUAUUGUGAAAGCAGAUAUUAACCUGGAAAGAUUUUUUGGUAUUAGUAAAUUCGAGUAA